AUGCAGGACACGGAGAUGACGAGCGUUGAUGAGAAGGAUGAGGAGAUGCUGGUACAGCGCGAGGACAGUGGUGCUGGAGGAGGUGAACGACAGAUCCAGAUUCAUCCGCUAGUGAUCGUGAAUAUCACCGACCAUCAAACGCGACAGAAAUGCAACUCGCAGCUCAGUCAGACAGAUGCGCCGCAAGUCAUCGGUGCACUGUUCGGCAUUCAGAAAGGACUGGACGUGGCCGUUUACGACUCCUUUGAAAUGAAAUAUGACUAUGUCAAUGGCGAGAUUCAGAUCGACAAGGAAUUCCUCACCUCGCGCAUCCAGCAGUUUUCGCAGGUAUUUCCAGGAUUUGAACUGUUGGGCUGGUAUACAGUCGGUGCAAAGGCUCUUCCAAGUGAUUUGGCGGUGCAUCGCGUGAUUAUGGAGUUCAAUGAGAGCCCGCUAUUUUUAAUCUUGGACCCAGAGUCCAGAGGACCGAGCACAAAAAAAAAGCUGCCCAUCUCGCUGUUUGAGUCGGAGCUACACAUGCUGAACGGCGUGCCCAAAAUGAUUUUUGUCAAGGCGCCGUUGAAGAUCGAGACGUCAGAGACAGAGAGCAUUGCCAUUGACCACAUUUCCAAGAUUGCGCCCAUUGGCGAUGCCAGCAAAUCGACGUUGCAUCCGUAUCUGGGAAACGUCCGAGACGCUGUGAAGAUGCUGGAUCGGCAGGUGGAUGUGCUGAUCCGCUUUCUUCAGGCUACGAAGAAUGGUGAGGCGCCAUUGGAUCACAACUUACUGCGUCACAUUUCCAGCAUUUGCAACCAGCUUCCAGUGAUGAAGUCGGAGCACUUCAACGCGGCGUUCACGCAAGAGUACAAUGACGCGCUGCUGGUCUCGUAUUUAGCCACUCUUACGAAAGGUGCUACAAAUGCAAACAUUGUCGUAGACCGCUUUACCGCCACGCAGGAGCGGCACCAUCAUCAGCGAGGCACCAUGCUGUGA